AUGAAGGUGCGGCAGGCGAUUGCGUUAUUGCUGGCAAUUUCUUCUCUUCACUGUUCUCAAGCAGGUUCUGGACGGGAUGUGGUGGCACUGUCGAGAUGGGCCAAAGAAGAGGGAAUCGUAAUGCACGAAUGUCUGGAAUGGAAACAGUAUACAACGGACAAAGGGGAGCAAGAAGAAGAUUGGGGUCUGGUGCUCACCAAGUCGUUACCUCGGGGUACGGUCCUCUUGAAGGUCCCUCGAUCCUUGGUUCUGGAUGCUGCCGUCAUUUGUGACAAACUAAAAUCCGAAUGGGUGCCCGCGCAAUUAGAAAAUGCCAUGAAGGCACUGGGGAACUACCAGGUUCAUUUGGAAAAGUUCUGGAUUGUGCUGCAACUGUUGCGGUGUCGCAAGGAAUGCAAAAAUAGCAACAACAAUAAUCGCUGGGCGCCUUGGUUGGCUGCCAUGCCCCAAACAUUUCCUCAAUUUUCCAAAGCCGAACAAGCCUGUCUCCCCUUUUACGCUCGGUAUGCCUCCGAGUAUCAAGAUGCACAGCUAGAUGCCUUUUGUCAAGCUGCCAUGGCAUUACAAGAGAUUGACGACAACAACCCCGACGAUGCCGACGAUCUAAAAUGGGCGUUUCAAGCUGUGGGCAGUCGCUUCUGGAAGACGGCACCCAUCAAAGAGGGCAUUCCAACCACGUCCGAAUUGGUACCCAUUGGAGACAUGUUCAACCAUCGAGAUCCGCCCAAUGUCGCCAUGGUACAUGACGAGGAAGAUUCCAUCACGUUUGUCUACAUGGGAGACGACGACGACAAGAAGGACGGUGAUGAUGAUGCUGAUCACAGGGACUUGUUCAUUACGUACGGUCAGGAAAGCAAUCCGCAUCGGCUGCUCGUCAUUUUUGGAUUCGUUCCGGACGAAACCGCCAUGCCCAAAGUAUGGAGUCAUCUUAUUUAUUCCGAUACCAAUCAGUUUUCCAACAAUAUCCCCGAAAUGGUGUUUGAUGCCACGGACGGAAGCGUCUCCCAAAAUGUGUGGGAUGCCGUCUUGUACGAAAUCUUGCAACCGAUAGAACCAGAGGAAUUUCUGCAAGCGAGAGAAGAGAAUCACGUCAAAUACAAACCAUUCACGGCGGAUUUGUUGAAUGAUCACGUGACGAGACAACUGGAAGAGUUGGCCUCAUUGCGGGCAAACAUUGAUUCCACGACAGGCGACAACAUGGACCUGAUACGACAGCACAAUGACUUUAUGACAAGAACAUUCAUUAGAGUCAAGGAAACCUUGAAGCAAUAUCUGAAGAACUGA